AUGGCUCCCCACGCUGAGAUCGCGAACGGUGAUGGACCUGUCAACUCUGGCGGCGUUUCCUCCUCCACCAACCAGAAGGUGACCUUCAAGGUCAACUCCCCCAACGUCGAGUACACCGACAACCAGAUCCGCUCCAAGUACACUUAUCACACCACCGAGGUGUCCGAGGUCAACGGCCAGUAUGUUGCGGUCCCCAAGGAGACCCAGUACAACUUCAAUGUCGACACCAAGGUUCCCAAGCUGGGUAUGAUGCUCGUUGGCUGGGGCGGCAACAACGGUUCCACCGUCACCGCCGGCAUCAUUGCCAACCGCCGCGGGCUCUCCUGGCAGACCCGCCGCGGUGAACAGAAGGCCAACUACUAUGGCUCUCUGAUCAUGGGCUCUACCGUCAAGCUCGGCACCGAUGCCAAGACCCGCAAGGAUAUCAACAUCCCCUUCCACGACCUCCUCCCCAUGGUCCACCCCAACGACAUUGUCAUCGGCGGCUGGGACAUCAGCAAGCUCAACCUCGCCGAGGCUAUGGACCGCGCCCAGGUUCUCGAGCCCGGCCUCAAGGCUCUGGUUGCCAAGGAGAUGGCCUCCAUGGUCCCCCUUCCUAGCAUCUACUACCCCGACUUCAUUGCUGCCAACCAGGAGAAGCGUGCCGACAACAUCCUCGAGGGCACCAAGGCCUCCAUGGCCCACGUUGAGAAGAUCCGCCAGGACAUUCGUGACUUCAAGGCUGCCAACAACCUUGACCGUGUCAUCGUCCAGUGGACCGCCAACACUGAGCGUUUUGCUGACCUCAUUGAGGGUGUCAACGACACUGCCGACAACCUCCUCAAGGCCAUUGAGAAUGGCCACGAGGAGGUCUCUCCCUCCACCGUCUUCGCUGUUGCUUGCAUCCUCGAAAACACCCCCUUCAUCAACGGCUCCCCCCAGAACACCUUCGUUCCCGGUGCCAUUGAGCUUGCCGAGCGCCACAGGGCCUUCGUCGGUGGUGAUGACUUCAAGUCUGGCCAGACCAAGAUGAAGUCGGCCCUCGUCGACUUCCUCAUCAACGCCGGUAUCAAGCUUACCUCCGUUGCCAGCUACAACCAUCUCGGCAACAACGACGGCAAGAACCUGAGCGAGCAGAGACAGUUCCGCUCCAAGGAGAUCUCCAAGUCCAACGUCAUUGACGACAUGGUGGAGGCCAACACCGUUCUCUACGCCCCCGGCGAGAAGCCCGACCACACCGUUGUCAUCAAGUACAUGCCCGCUGUCGGCGACGACAAGCGUGCUCUUGAUGAGUACUAUGCUGAGAUCUUCCUCGGCGGUCACCAGACUAUUUCGCUCUUCAACGUGUGCGAGGACUCCCUUCUCGCUUCCCCCUUGAUCAUCGACUUGGUCCUCAUCACCGAGCUCUUCACCCGUAUCCGGUGGAAGGCUGUCUCCACCGACGGCGCCGCCACCAAGGACUUUGAGGGCUUCCACAGCGUUCUCUCUGUCCUCUCUUACAUGCUCAAGGCUCCCUUGACUCCUCCCGGCACUCCCGUUGUCAACGCCCUUGCCAAGCAGCGCUCCGCUCUCGUCAACAUCAUGCGCGGCUGCUUGGGUCUCCAGCCCGAGUCCGACAUGACUCUUGAGCACAAGCUCUUCUAAGCUUUGCAACUCAUUUGCUUUGGCUUCGAGCGUGUUUAGAGGGGAUUCAGCACCCUUGCUCUUUUCUUUCUCGAGUCUUAACCUUUAAUCUUCGGUUCUGAAAACUUGGUCAUGUUGAGCGGCACAUCAAAAGGCGCUUGGUAGACAUUAGGAUGGGGAUGGGGGUUUAAAACUGGGUUUAACGGUGAUGCAUAAGGAGAGCGGAGUUGGGAAGGCUGAGCAUCCGAGAUAGUAUUAUGGUAGAAAAUGGGGAACCCUGAUGUUUCCUGAAUGUUGACUGGUGUCGUGAUGGUGACUGUGAUUGUGCUCUUGAUUGUGAAACGAUUCUUG